ACAUAUCAAGAAUCUCUGAUCGUAAGCUCCAUCGAAAAUCACCAUGGACGAAGUACUUCCUUACAAUGACUACGAGUCAUCCUCCUACUCCUACUCAAUGAGCAUCAUGAACUACACCUAUUCUGGCUCACCCGUCCUGGGACCCGAAUCCGUGAUCGUCCCUCUCAUUUUCGUCAUCAUCGCCGUCUUCGCCAUCGCCGGCAACUCGCUCGUCAUCUUCAUCGUGUUACGGUACCGGAAGAUGAGACAGAGCGUAACGAAUUUCUACAUCUUGAAUGUUGCCGUGGGCGAUCUCGUCUACAUGCUGGCUUGCGCUCCACUCACCGCCGCGCUCUAUGCAGACUACCAAUGGAGGUUUGGCAAUUUCUUAUGCAAGUUCAACGCCUUUUUGCAGCAUGUUACGGUCCAGGCGACGUGUGCGACGUUGACUGUGAUGACGGUAGAUCGCUAUUACGUAAUCACCAACCCCUUCACUUCUCGUCAAACUAGAACCAUCCUCCGAGCUGGAGUCAUCUGCUGUAUCGUCUGGAUUGUCUCUGGGCUGAUGCAUGUACCUGCUGCCUUGAUCUACGGUACGACGAAGCCAGGAGAACAUAAUUACUACAAUGAGCCAGUCAUCUACUGUACACAUACCCAUACAUCAACUCGAUUUAUCAAAUUCUACUCCAUAUAUGUCAUUGGUGUUACGUAUGUUAUACCUCUGGCAAUCAUCAGCGUAUGCUAUGGUCUCAUCCUGGCGCAUCUUUGGAAGCUGAGCAAGGGUGGUAUCACUGCCACGUCGGGCAAGGCCGCGAAUCGUAAAGGCAAAGCUGAGGUUUUAAGCGAAGGCUCCUCGGUGCAGACGGCGACGAAGAAAUGGAAGACGACUCGGAUCGUGCUCAUCGUCGUGAUGCUCUUCGCCAUCUGCUGGGCACCCAUCCACGCCAUCAACCUCUGGAACGACGUCGAUCCCAACUACCCUCACGAGGCCAAGUACAUCUACGCAUUCAGGAUGUUCUGUCUGAUCCUGGCGUACUCAAACUCCUGCGUGAAUCCUGUGGUCUACGCCCUGGCGGGGAAUAGCUUCCAGGUGUACUUCCGGCAGAUCUGCUACACCAGACCCAGAGGCAAGCAGGAGGUCGCAAGCACCAAGACAAACUACACACAUUCAAUGCAUCGGCAGGGCCGGAGAACGUCCAACUUGCAAACGGAAAUGAUUUCUAUGACGGCAAAUACAUCGGUCUAAAGAUUUGUGUUUUCACGGAGGAGUUGUGCCAUAACACGAAGAGACUGUACUGAAAAGACAGAGACGAAAGCAGAACGUUAAGAGAGAAACUUUAUUGAUUGAAUGUAUAUCUCUCCAUCAAUGAGCCUUAUAGCUCACCCGACGAUGAACUUAAUAUAUAAUGUAUAUAUGAUCAAUAUAUAAAUUGCUUUUAUAUCGACAAUUAUAUCAAAAAUUGCCAAUAAUUGCAUGAGGACAUACAGACAGUAAAUAUGAAAGAGUUAUUUUACUUCAAUGAGUGAAUUGAAACGUGAAUUUGUAUAGUAUAUUUGUAAGGUUCGUGACGUGCCAUAUAUAUAUAUAUAUUUGUGAGUUAAUAGUUUAAAUGGUUGUUGGUCAUGAGCUGUGAUUUAAAGCUGUUCAAAAUUAGAAAUAUAGUUAUAAUUAUUCAUCUUAUUUUGUUAUUGGUUCAUCUUUCUGCUAUGGGUUAAUUAUGAAAGGAAAUGUUUAUACGGUUUAAAUAUGUAGAAAUAUAGCAAUCAUCAUUCAAUAUCGACUGGUAUAAAGUACUUGUUAUAUUUUUAUCUUCAAAUAAUACAUAUUUGACAGAGUCGUACGUCUUUUAAGAAAUGAUGCAUACAUUUUAAAAUCAUACACAAUGUGAGCAUUAUGUAUCAAAUGUAAAGCAAGUAUAAAUAAUUAUUUAGCAUAAUGUUGUAAAUAUAUAAACAUAUCCAUUAUGACACACUGUAUUCAUUAGAACGUAUUCCUGAACAAGCAUUCCCCAUAAUAUUAUGUGAACCGCCAUCGCAUACAAACCAAUUAUUUUUAAGACUUCCAGUUGCUGAGAAUUAUCUGAAUGAUAUACUUUAACAGUAAGGGGGAUGGCGCAUCUUGGUCGUACAUUACAAAAGUCGUAAUUAGACACCCACCUAUUCUUUAAAAAGAUGGGAUGUGUUUUAUUUAGUAAUUAUGAAUGAAUCAAUCUUUGAAAGGAGCGAUGGACGACAAGGAAUACGAUGAUCAUUGUAACAUAAACGGUAAAAGGCGUAUCCAUAACAGGGUGGAGUCGGUGCACGCCCCCUUAUUCAUUACUAAUAAUUUCUGGUUUCUCCAAUGUUUGGAAGGACUUAUUACUUUUACUUUCUAAAUCCGUUUUCUUUUUCCAAUAUAGGACGGCUCAAACGAUAACACCAGAAUGAAAUAGGAGCAAUGUGCUUUUAAAAGCUGCCAACAGCAUGUUGAAUUUGCCGACGAAAUCUAUGGGGCAACAUUAACCCCCUUUCUCUACUAUUUUUGUACUUGUAUUAUCUCUUUAUUGAAUCAAUAUUGCAUUGUGCUUUUAUCACUUUCUUCAUUGCGAUGCAGUCAAGAUGAACAUGAUCGAAAAGACUCUCGAAAAAUCAACUAACUUGCAGUUUCAUACCAUAUGUCAUGUCUCAUAGAAAUCAUAUUUGGAUCAUGUAAUGUUCGCUCAUUUUAAUAAGUAAUGGACAAGGCUAUUGGAAUUUUCUUGUUGGUUGAUUUUUGUUGUUGAAAUUCUUAAAUAUUUAUAAUUCAUUGCGUGUAAAUAUGAACUUAGAUGUAAGUGCAAUACCUAAAUCUUGGAUUUAAAUUCAAAUUCGUUCCAAAAUUCAUAUUUCUAGUACUAUAUAAGUAAUGCUGUGUUUUGGUAAAUGAGUGAUUAAAUGAAUAGCUGUUCUAUCAUUGUAAAGUUAUGUUUUAUCAUAAUUAUUGCUUUUUCUUUCUUUUAUGUAAGCCAUACCGCAAUAUUGCUGAUAAUGCACACUUAAUUCAUGAGUUCUAAAAUAUGAUAAGAACAAUUUAGUACAUUGCGGUUCAACAUUAGUGGUUUGAGCACGUCGUCGGAAAUGUACAUUUAUACCAAUUUCUUUAUUUGUAUGAAUUGUCACAGAUUUAGUAUUCUUUUCAUAACUAUCGCCCGACCACAGACAAACACGAA